CUUUGUCCUGAUUGUGUUUUAUUGUAUUGGUCCAGAGACUCAUCCAGGCAUCUUGCCUUGUUCCCUCAACAUGAUCUUCAGUAGUCUGGAUGGUCUUGUCUUCACCCAGAUGUGCCUUUUUAAAAACCCAGAUGUGAGCUUUUUAAAGAGACUGGUGCACAGAGUACGUCUUGCCAUAGCUCGAAGUCUGAUCUUGAAGAUGAUUCCACUUUGUGAUAUAAGCUCUGCAGUGAUGGAUGUACACCAGGUUUUCAAUUUGGGUCUCAUUUUUGAAAUCUACAAUGAGAACCUCCACAACUUGCUAGAACAGCAUUCAGACAAUGCUUCACAGAGAACCAACCUCCGUCUGUGUCAGGAUGUCAAAGGGAACUCCAUCAAAGGAUUUUAUCCAAAGUGA